AGGCCGGAGACAGUCGCCAGCUGUGUUCGUUGGAGUGUGGUUGCUGUACGACGUGCUCCUCUCGGCCACGAUCUUCACGUUUGAUAGAAGAUUCCAUCACUUCAGUGGCUGCAACAGCCACAGCUAACGAGUGACUCUCCCCAAGCAUUAGCUUUUGUCAAGCCGCACAAUGCGCGAGUUCAAGGUUGUAGUGCUUGGCUCGGGCGGAGUGGGAAAAAGCGCCCUCACAGUUCAGUUCGUCUCCGGUCACUUCAUGGAGAAAUAUGAUCCUACUGUCGAGGACUUCUAUCGCAAAGAAAUUGAGGUAGAUGGGUCACCAUGUGUCCUGGAAAUUCUGGAUACAGCUGGCACAGAACAGUUUGCCAGCAUGCGAGACCUCUACAUCAAGAAUGGCCAAGGCUUCCUGGUGGUGUACAGCCUCACAAAUCACCAAACAUUCCAAGAUAUCAAGAACAUGAAGGAGCAGAUUUCCAGAGUAAAGGGCUCAGACAGAGUUCCAAUUAUGCUGGUCGGAAACAAGGUUGAUCUGGAGAAUCAGCGGGAGGUGUCAACAGUGGAGGGAAUGGCUCUGGCACAGAUGUGGGGCAGCCCAUUCCUGGAGACCAGUGCCAAAGUCAAGACCAACGUCAACCCAGUCUUCUCCGAGAUCGUCCGGGAGAUGAACGACAGCCCUGAAGUGGAAAAGGGAUCAUACUGCUGUACAAUCCUAUAGCGUUGCGUGCAAUGCUACUCUAGCAAGAGUGGAUGAGGAUUCUUCUUAUUUAAUGUGCUAAAGGUGCUGACGCCUGGCGGCCGACGCUGCGAACUACGUCCCGUGACGACCACGGCCGGCCAGCCGCGGCGCCCGCUGACGACGACCAUAUUUUAGUCAUAUUUGAUACACGUGAUACACGUGAACUCUUUCAAGUUGAUUGUGAUGUGUGAUGCCCUCGGGAGGCCAGGACAGCUGUGGGCGAAACUUCCAGCCGCCGCGACCGCCGGUGCUGCCGUCCGCGUGUGCGUCCGACGUUUGAACUAUAUCACUUGUACUGCGCUCAGGCGCGUCGCGCCGCGACCGUUUUCAGAGAGCGAGAUAUCUGUUUUGUAAUCGAGCGAGAGAGACUUUACGCUGACUGUGUGUUACGCCCGAUUGAAUCGUGUUUAUGCCUGUGUAUGUGUUUUGACCGUGUGUGCCCGAGGGCGGGUGGCCGGACGGACUGGCGCCGCCCGCCCCCGCUGCCAUAUUAUGUGACACCGUGUGCUCGAGAGCCGGGCGGGCGGUGAGCCGCGGCUGCGGCCCGCUCCGCCCGGCUACAAGACUGUGAUCCGCCGCUCUCCGCGCGCAAUAUGUGUCUGCUCAAUGGGUGCGCGCGAGCCGCCCGCGACACUGCCGGCCACGGGUGGCGAACGGUCCGUGUUCCGUGGACUCUCUGUGUCCGCGGUCCUGUGUCCGUGAUCCGUGGCCUGGUGUCCUCGGUCCAAGGUGCUACCCCGGGACACCGCGGAAGGCCGCGCGGAUUUUGCACACGUUAUUUUUGUACGCGGCCGUGGUGGCCGUACUGUUGCAUGACCUGAAACAUAGCCCUGUAGCGAGGAUCGGCAAUAUACCGAGUGCCGCUGACUGACUGA